AUGGGUGAUAUUCAUCCAACAAGUGGUGAUUGUCUUUUACACGAAAAACACAUUCGUAAACAGGCUCGUGAACAUCCUGGUACAAUUGAUUAUUGUCCACAAUUUGAUGUUGUUGAUCGGUAUUUAACAAGUCGUAAAGCACUUAUGUGUUAUGCGAAAUCAAUUGGUAUAACAGAUCGUGGACAUGUUAUGAAUUUAACAUUAAGAAAAUUUCAUAUGGAAUCAUUUGCUAAUCGAGUUUUACGAACAUAUAGUGGAGGAAUGAGAAGUUUUUUUUGUCGAUAUUCAGCACUUCCUUUUUGUCGUACACCAACUAAACCUUCAUCAACAGCAGCUUUAACAUUUUCAAGAAUCAUUAUUGAUUCAUUUAAUUCAUCACGAACUGAUGUUACUUGUUUUGUUUCACCACGAGCUAAUAUUCUUUGUUGUAUAUCCUCACGAGCUGAUGUUCUUUCUUGUAUUUCACCAGGAGCUGAUGAUUCUUGUUAA